AUGGAUGAAUUAUUCUACGCGGCUGCUGAACGCGGUUCAGAGUCCAAUGAAAAUACGUCAUGUCACCUCCUACUCGGUACCGUGGCUCGGUAUUGCUCGGUAUUGGAUGACAUGGCUGCACCUUAUUCGCUUCUGGACGUAAAUUAUGUCCGGUGUCCACACAGAAUAAUCUUGGCCGUCCAUUUCUGGCAGUACUUAUCAGCAACAGGUUCAUCCUUUUUCCCAGGCUUUUAUGAGAUGCUCCAAUCUCCACUUCUUGAAGGGGGAGGAUUCACUCGUGAAGAUUUCAUGAAUGAAGCAUUUAUACAUAUGACAGCUUCGGAGCAGAUAGAUUUGUUUGCUGCGACACCAAGCAACAUACCAGCGGAGAGCUUUGAAGUAUAUGGUGUGGCACUAGCUUUAGUAGCACAGGCCAUUAUUGGUAAAAAGGCGCAUCUUAUUAAAGAUGCUGGCAAUCUUUUUCAGCAACUCCAACAGACCAAAGUUACCUCUUUAGGUGCUAAUUCUGAAUACACCACCAAGGUAGACAGGGAGAUAGACUUUGCACUUGAAAGGGGUCUCUGCUCACUGCUUUUGGGAGAUCUUGAUGAGUGUUACUCAUGGUUGGGCAUUGAUGAGAAGAGUUCGCCUUAUAGAAAUCAGGAUAUUGUAGAAUUCAUCAUGAGCAAUUCGAACAUUGGCAGUGAUCAUGAUCCUCUACCUGGACUUUGCAAAUUGUUAGAGACAUGGCUCAUUGAGGUUGUUUUCCCAAGAUUUAGAGAUACUCAAGGUAUACAGUUUAGGCUCAAGGAUUACUAUGAUGAUCCAACAGUGCUGAGAUAUCUAGAAAAAAUGGAAGGAGGUGGGGCUUCACCGUUAGCAGCAGCUGCUUCCAUUGUAAAAAUUGGGGCUGAAGCUACUGCUGCACUUGGUAAUGUAAAAUCAAGUGCACUUCAUGCUCUGCAGAAAGUGUUUCCAUUGACUAAGAGGGAAGGAAGAGGUAGCAUUGAGGUCUCCACUGGCUUACAUAGUUCUACAUCUGAACUAGGAGUUGACGAGCCCAGGAUGGAUACCUAUCAAUAUUUUAAAGAGAAUGAGAACGAGGUUUUUGAAAAACCUAAUUCUGAAUAUUCUAACGAGGAAGAUUUUACAUAUAUGAUAAAGGAAGCAAGCAUGAAGAUAAUGUGUGCUGGAAUAGCUGUCGGCAUACUGACUCUUGCUGGACUCAGGUACUUACCAAGGAGAAAUGUGUCUUCUGAUUCAAUAAAGGAAGUUGGAUCUGCAAUGGCUGAAAAUACAGUUCAUACUGGUAAUUUUUGA